UGUAGUCUACUUAUACUUGCAAACCACACAACCCUCCGGAUCUAAUUAAAUAAAUUACAGCUCGAACUUUAAAAUCUAUAUACGACUAUGACGAAUUUUUUUUCUCUCCUUGUUGGACUACGAUAUACUGACGCAUACGGGAAUUCCCGAUCUGACUUGAGCUUGUUUAGUAAAUAUGUCCGUCUAUUCGCCAUGUAGGCAUUGUUUUAAUUACUGGGUGUGUGUUUACAUGUUUCCUGGCAUUCAUUGGGCACUCUGCAAGGUCAAGAACAUGACCAUUGUCGCCAUCUUUCUCCUUUUGUCCCUAUCGAUCGCGUUCGGCGACGCGGGGCCAGUCAAUCAGUCAUCGAUAGCUGAUCCAGAGAUCGAUGCCUCGGGUAACGCCAGGGUUGUGAGCCAGGCGGGGGCCAAUGCUACUCUGGAACAACCCGUUUUCUGCCACGCUGGGUUCUACCUUCAGUCAAACUCAAGCAAUGGGGAGGUGACCUGCGCCCCGUGUGAAGAUAACUCGUUCAUGGACCUGGAGCGACACCAGAGCAGGAGUUGCUUCCCUUGUCAUGCCGCGGACAUCGACCACGGGGAAGUAACCGCUCUAAACUGCACGCAGACGACGGACACUGUCAUCGUCUGCCAGGUCCACUUCUACUUCCGGCAUGACGACCGGAGCAGCAGACGCUGCCACGCUUGCGACGGCUGCGUCAACCACACGUCAGCCAGCUUCGAAACCUGCUUCAACGUCUGCUGCCACGGCGCGGAUACCCUGUCGCAUAAAGGUCAAGGUCGGGAACUGGCCCUGUGCCAAGGUCACACUCGGCAGGCGGAGACGAACGUGUACCUGAUCAUAUACGCCGUCUGCCUGUGUGCUAUAGUCCUGGUCGCCUGUCUCGUCUGCUACUGGAAGUUCAUCUACACGAAAUCCAAAUCUUCAUCAAAGCGCAACUGCAUCGGGUUAAAACACAAAAACCGUUACAGGCACGAGGCCAAAGAGUUGAUCACCUAGCCCUUGAUUGCCUUAUAAUUAAUUACAAAUUUGCAAUAACAAAAAACUUAUUCAUUAGUAUUAAAAUCACGAAAAUCAAAAGCCCCUUUUGAUAACAAAUUAUGGAGUUAUCAAGACUUUUUAAAAAGUAUGAACAUUCUUUAAGGGAAUCGAAACCAGCUUUAAAAAUAAUUUUGUAAAUAUUGCUAUUCUUAGUUGUUUGUUUUCGAAAUGUAAAUAUUGAGUUUUAAAAAAGAAGAUGAAGUAGAAAUUGUGUGUUAAAAAAGAUGUACAGAUAUUGUUUUACGGUAAAAGAAAUGUAGCUAGGAAUGUGUAGAGCAAUGGAUGUAAAAAAAAAAUGACCACCACAUACCUCCAAAUCCGGGCCGCAGACGUUUAUCAUACGCCAGCAUAAGUGUGUCCAGCAGACUGGUCACGUUGCUCCUGACUGGCCGGCUCACAUGCUCCACACAGGGGCUCGGC